AGCCCUGACCGUAGUUGGACCCAAUGGCAACAACAGAUCCAUGCUCAAACCUCCUCUAUUUCAUCGAUUGCGAAUUCAAUUCAUCAAAAAUAACCGGAAGGAAGGCAACACUUCUGGAAGUUGGUGUUGUGAUUGUUUCUCCUUUUACACUGGAAGAGUGUGGAAGCCGGCGCUGGUACAUCAAGCCUCCCAGUGAGGAAGAUGUUUCGAAACGGCUGUUAAAAAACAAAGAUUAUAAAAAUAAAGCUACACCCUUUGAAGAGAUAGCUGUGGAACUCUGUGAGUAUCUAUAUGCCAAAGUUUGGGUGGGUCAUAAUAUAGUUAAGUGUGAUUUGGAUUUGCUCAUGAGUACAUUUAUGGCAUCAAAAAUGAAAUUCAUGGUCCGCGAUGAGGAUGGUGGAUCAUCUACAAUUGAAUACCCAGUAGCAUCACGAAUAAUUGACACGUGUUCAUCAUUCCAAACAUGUGGUUUUACAAAAGGGAAGAGAGGUGUUACUUCCAUUAGUCUUGAGAGUUUGGCCAGGCAUUUUAAGAUGGACGUCAAACAGAAACACGACACUCUUUCAGAUUGCCGAUUACUCCUUAAAAUUAUAUUGCGGUGCAGUGCUGUUCUCUUUUUGGAACCGGGAAAGAGACACAACUGUGCUGCUGCAGAGCAGUAUCUUUUAAAAAAAAAUGCAGAAGAUCAAAAUGAACCUGGGGAUGAUCACUUUCUAGAAGAUCAACUUGUGGACGAGGACAAAAUCAAUGAAGAUGACAAAAGAAAGCCAAUGGAGAUGGAAUCAGCGCAUCGGUAUAAGAUUGUGCCCAAACUCGAAGAGGAUCCUUACGAUGAAUUACAGGGGGCUGAGGUGAUAAAAAAAUACAGCAAUUUGUAUGAUUCUGCUCGGACUGCCGUUGUUGUUGAGGAUAAAGAUCUAGUAUAUCUAGGUAUGCUCAACGAUUAUUUCGUUAAAAAUAAGAAAGAAGCUACGGUUCUUAAUAAGUUACUCUGUGAGGGGGAAACACGUAGAGAAAACUUAAGCAGCCAAUAUAAAGGACUGCCUCUGAAUUGGAGAGGUCGAGUAUUUGUUAUGAAACAAGGGCAAAAGGACAAUGGCUUUUAUGACAUAUUUGGAAAAGAUAGAGUGGUCAUAUUCCUCCAUUAAUAAAAGGACCUCUGAUUCUUCCCUGGCAUAUGCUAUUCCUUCCGUGGAUCCUUCCAGAUAACUAAAGAAACAAGUAUCUUUUCCCCGAGUUUCAGGUUCCUGUAAACAGGACAGCCAAUCUCCCUAUGUUACUGUUCACGCGCCAUUGAUUUACUAAGCAUGGCUACGUUUGCCAGAGGAUGUGGAUGCUAAUGCUAGAAAGAUGUUUAUUGAUGAAGUGAUGGAGCUAGUUGAGCUUAACCCAUUGAGGUGAGCACAUGUUGGGUUGCUCAGUGUCAAUGGUCUCUCGACCGAACAACACAAAAAGCUAACAAUCAUGUUCAGUUAGUGGCUAACUCAAACAUAUUCAUGGAUGAGCCAAUUUCAAGACUUAAUCCUAGAGCUGCUGCAGUGGUGUAAGAGCUGUGAGAAACAUUAUUGAUACUGGUUGAACCGUCGCCUGCACUAUUCAUCAACUCAGAAUCAACAUUUUUGAGGCCUUUUGAUGAUGACAGAGCAUGCAUGUAUGGUGAAGAUGGUAUUUCUGGGCGUGCCCCGUUAUGUGGACAUGAGGUUAUUGAAGGUGAAAACAUGGUUGCUUCGAUUCAAAAUGUGAAGGUUUUCUUGGAAGGUUACUUUGGGUUUAAGCAUGAGUUUCUUGGAGCGGUUUCGAUUAUGACUGGUGUGUUCCACAACCCCCCCCCACCUUUCAUCAUUUCCUUGGCGAUUAAAACAUUCAACUUCCAGUAAAGAUAGAGGUGCCUCUGCGUUCUUACAAGUAUAUGUACACAGUAUGAUUAGGCAUGGACCCGGAAUAGAACUGCUAAUCGAAGUUGCAGAUUUGAUAUGGUGAAGUUGACCCACUUUUUUCAAGUGGCAAUGCGGCAUGGAUAAAAAUCAACAAUGUGAUUCCAAUCAUUUAGCAGAAUUCUCACUAAAGGUCCAAAUCACUCGAAAUGUUUCGAUGGCAGUCGCUGGUGACUAGUAGGGUUGGCCCACCUGACAUGAUUUUUGAGGCCUUUUUAUGAGAGAGGACUACAAGAGAUUUAUGUCCUGCCCUUGGGACGUAAUUCAUGCCAUUUGAUUGUUACUUUGAGAGUGGCGAAAAUCAAGGAAGAAUACAAUCCAACAACAUGGAUGUUUGAUGUGACAACCUCAGCAGCUCAAAAAUGUUAUUAGGAGUUGAUUUUACAGAUGUCUACAAGAACUCAGAUCUAUACAAAACAAAGUUUUGAUGAGUGUAUUAAGCACACCUCGCCCUUGUUCCAAGGACUUGUAUUUUCCAACACACUACUGGCAGUGUUUCUGGAGCCAAUUUGUGGCCUGUUUGUGGAAGCAACACUGGUCUUAUUGGCGUAACACAUCUUACACCGCAGUUAGGUUCCUCUUCACAACUGUCAUUGCAUUGGCUUUAUGGGCAAUAUUCUGGGCCCUUGGUACUAAAGCUCAGAGGAAGAAAAUUUUGCUUAAUGCAAUGGGGUCCAUGUAGAAUGUGGUUCUCUUUAUUGGAUGUAUUCGGCAUUGCCAUAUGCCUUCGGACAAUUAUGGUGUUAUUGUUUAUGCUAUGAUCGGAUUUAAAUGGACAGUGGCCAAGUUUUUCUGGCCCUCUCCAUAAUAUUGAAGGUGAAAACAUGGUUGGUUCGAUUCAAAAUGUGAAGGUUUUCUUGGAAGGGUUACUUUGGGUUUAAGCAUGAGUUUCUUGGAGCAUCCAACUUCCCAUAAAGAUAGAGGUGCCUCUGUGUUCUUACAAGUAUAUGUACACAGUAUGAUUAGGCAUGGACCCGGAAUAGAACUGCUAAUUGAAGUUGCAGAUUUGAUAUGGUGAAGUUGACCCACUUUUUUCAAGUGGCAAUGCGGCAUGGAUAAAAAUCAACAAUGUGAUUCCAAUCAUUUAUCAGAAUUCUCACUAAAGGUCCAAAUCACUCGAAAUGUUCCGAUGGCAGUCGCUGGUGACUGGUAGGGUUGGGCCACCUGACCUGAUUUUUGAGGCCUUUUGAUGAGAGAGGACUACAAGAGAUUUAUGUCCUGCGCUUGGGACGUAAUUCAUGCCAUUUGAUUGUUACUUUGAGAGUGGGGAAAAUCAAGGAAGAAUACAAUCCAACAACAUGGAUGUUUGAUGUGACAACCUCAGCAGCUCAAAAAUGUUAUUAGGAGUUGAUUUCACAGAUGUCUACAAGAACUCAGAUCUCUACAAAGCAAAGUUUUGAUGAGUGUAUUAAGCACACCUCGCCCUUGUUCCAAGGACUUGUAUUUCCCAACACACUACUGGCAGUGUUUUUGGAGCCAAUUUGUGACCUUUUUGUGGAAGCAACACUGGUCUUAUUGGCGUAACACAUCUUACACCGCAGUUAGGUUCCUCUUCACAAACUUUCAUUGCAUUGGGUUUUUGGGCAAUAUUCUGGGCCCUUGGUACUAAAGCAGCAUGCAUGUAUGGUGAAGAUGGUAUUUCUGGGCGUGCCCCUUUACGUGGACAGGGGGUUAUUGAAGGUGAAAACAUGGUUGGUUCGAUUAAAAAUGUGAAGGUUUUCUUGGAAGGGUUACUUUGGGUUUAAGCAUGAGUUUCUUGGAGCGGUUUCGAUUAUGACUGGUGUGUUCCACAACCUCCCCCCACCUUUCAUCAUUUCCUUGGCCAUUAAAACAUCCAACUUCCAGUAAAGAUAGAGGUGCCUCUGCGUUCUUACAAGUAUAUGUACACAGUAUGAUGAUUAGGCAUGGACCCGGAACUGCUAAUAGAAGUUGCAGAUUUGUUAUGGUGAAGUUGACCCACUUUUUUCAAGUGGCAAUGCGGCAUGGAUAAAAAUCAACAAUGUGAUUCCAAUCAUUUAUCAGAAUUCUCACUAAAGGUCCAAAUCACUCGAAAUGUUUCGAUGGCAGUCGCUGGUGACUGGUAGGGUUGGGCCACCUGACCUGAUUUUUGAGGCCUUUUGACGAGAGAGGACUACAAGAGAUUUGUGUCCUGCCCUUGGGACGUAAUUCAUGCCAUUUCAUUGUUACUUUGAGAGUGGCGAAAAUCAAGGAAGAAUACAAUCCAACAACAUGGAUGUUUGAUGUGACAACCUCAGCAGCUCAAAAAUGUUAUUAGGAGUUGAUUUCACAGAUGUCUACAAGAACUCAGAUCUCUACAAAGCAAAGUUUUGAUGAGUGUAUUAAGCACACCUCGCCCUUGUUCCAAGGACUUGUAUUUCCCAACACACUACUGGCAGUGUUUCUGGAGCCAAUUUGUGACCUUUUUGUGGAAGCAACACUGGUCUUAUUGGCGUAACACAUCUUACACCGCAGUUAGGUUCCUCUUCACAAACUUUCAUUGCAUUGGGUUUUUGGGCAAUAUUCUGGGCCCUUGGUACUAAAGCAGCAUGCAUGUAUGGUGAAGAUGGUAUUUCUGGGUGUGCCCCUUUACGUGGACAGGGGGUUAUUGAAGGUGAAAACAUGGUUGGUUCGAUUAAAAAUGUGAAGGUUUUCUUGGAAGGGUUACUUUGGGUUUAAGCAUGAGUUUCUUGGAGCGGUUUCGAUUAUGACUGGUGUGUUCCACAACCUCCCCCCACCUUUCAUCAUUUCCUUGGCCAUUAAAACAUCCAACUUCCAGUAAAGAUAGAGGUGCCUCUGCGUUCUUACAAGUAUAUGUACACAGUAUGAUGAUUAGGCAUGGACCCGGAACUGCUAAUAGAAGUUGCAGAUUUGUUAUGGUGAAGUUGACCCACUUUUUUCAAGUGGCAAUGCGGCAUGGAUAAAAAUCAACAAUGUGAUUCCAAUCAUUUAUCAGAAUUCUCACUAAAGGUCCAAAUCACUCGAAAUCCGCACCCUAAUGUCAGACCUAUGACAUAUGCCGAAAGCUUCUUCCAAAUGUUCUCUUAGCUCCAACACAACCGUAUUAUGCACGUCGCCGACAUAAAUCAUGGUUCUGAAAGGCAGGAGAAGAGUCAAGAGAUGCCUCAGAACUUGCUGACAUUACCAUUUGCUUGCCAUGCAUGAUUCUUUUGGGGAGCCUCUAAUUACCUCACUGCUUAUAGGAAUUCUUACAGGACUUAUAUCUUGUAUGCUGACAAAAUAUAGGUUUAUAGUUUCAACGACACGUUUGAAAGAUACAAACUGGUGCGACUAUAAACACUUUAUACUUUCCGCCA